CGCGUCGGCGGUCAGACAUAACGCGUGACUGUGUCGUAUCGUAUGUUAGUGAUACGCGAGUGCGAGUGCGUGUGCGCGCCAUGUACUCGUACAGCGCGGCAGCUGCUGCCGCCGCGGCAGCCGCCGCCGCCUCUGGGGCCGUGCCGCCCCCUCUGCCGCCGCUGCCCUACGCCGGCUAUCAGCUGCAGCCGCCCCCGGCGCAGCCUCCCGCCCCUCAACAGCCGCCGCUGUCACCGGGAAGCGUCGCUUCCAAAAGACGCAGGUCCGAUGAGGACGACCCGAGCGUUAGCAAGUACAGCCGGAUGGAGGAAGACAGUAUACAAGACAAGGAACGUUUCGCCAGCAGGGAGAAUCACUGCGAGAUUGAGCGCCGUCGGCGGAACAAGAUGACAGCGUACAUCACGGAGCUGUCGGACAUGGUGCCCACGUGCUCGGCGCUGGCGCGCAAGCCCGACAAGCUCACCAUCCUGCGCAUGGCCGUCGCCCACAUGAAGGCGCUGCGCGGCACUGGCAAUACGAGCACGGAUGGGACAUACAAACCAUCAUUCCUCACAGACCAAGAACUCAAGCACCUUAUCUUGGAAGCCGCAGAUGGUUUCCUUUUCGUUGUAACUUGUGAUACUGGUCGUGUUAUUUAUGUCUCGGAUUCAGUGGCUCCAGUGUUAAAUCAACCACAGAAUGAGUGGUUUGGUUCCUGCAUCUACGACAACAUUCAUGCUGAGGAUGUGGAGAAGGUCCGUGAACAACUCUCAACACAAGAGCCUCAGAAUACUGGCCGCAUCCUUGACCUUAAGACUGGGACUGUCAAGAAAGAAGGUCAUCAGUCUUCCAUGAGGUUGUGCAUGGGGUCACGAAGGGGUUUCAUCUGCCGCAUGAAGGUGGGAAAUAUAGCAGCAGAGAACAUGGCAGUUGGACAUCUCAAUAGGCUAAAACAACGUAACAGCCUUGGUCCCUCCCGUGAUGGCCAAAACUACGCUGUUGUGCAUUGCACAGGUUACAUUAAGAAUUGGCCACCAACAGGUGUACAAAUGGACCGAGGUGGUGAAGAGGAUGGGCAUGGUUCUCAUUGCUGUUUGGUGGCUAUUGGCAGGCUGCAGGUUACUUCCACUCCCAACACGAGUGAUCUUACUGGUUCCAAUAGCAAUGCAGAGUUCAUUUCUCGACAUUCUGCGGAGGGAAAAUUCACGUUCGUUGAUCAGCGGGUAAUGGGAUUGUUGGGGUAUGCACCACCAGAACUUUUAGGAAAGUCAUGUUUUGAGUUUUUUCACCCAGAAGACCAAACACACAUGAAGGAAAGCUUUGAACAAGUUCUGAAGCUGAAAGGACAGGUCAUGUCAGUCAUGUAUCGUUUUCGUGCAAAGAGCAGAGAAUGGGUGUGGCUACGGACUUCUGCUUUUGCUUUCCUUAACCCAUACACUGAUGAAGUGGAGUAUAUUGUGUGUACAAAUACGAGUGCCAAGUCACUACAUGGGCAGGCUGAUAACACAGCCGGAGACCCUACUGAUCAGGUCACCAGUUACCAGUCUGCAGGUCCAGGCCCUGGGCUUGAUUACAGUUUGCAGCGUGCUCAUCGUGCUGCAGAUCAGGUUUAUCCACAUAUGAUGACAACAGCACCUCAUAUCCAGGUAGGUCCAAGCCCACAACAGCAACAGCAGCAGCGACCGAGUAGUGCUUAUGGAGGAUACGAUACCUCACAUUCACAUUCACCUGCUGGGUAUGCUUCCCCUGUGGCCAGUGUUGGCCGUGUCGGUAAACCUGCAGCUGCUAGUCCUGCCCCUGCACCUGCAGCUGCUCCUGCACCUUCUGCAGCAUGGAGCCUCAGACAGCAAGCUGAAGGUUAUCAGUAUGGCCAGUUGAGUCCGUCACGGUCUCCUGGUGGUCCAACAGCUCCGACAGCACCUACGUAUACUCAGCUAGCACCUGGCCAAGCAAGGGCAGCAGCCUACCAUGCUCCAACGUCAUCUGCGGCAGGUAUGUGGGGAUGGCAACCACAACAGCCUAGUGGUGGUCAGGGCCCCGACCCUGGUCAAGGCCCUGGCUCUGGCGGCCCUGGAGCUCCCGGCAGCUCAGCAGGCGGUGCCGGGCCCGGGGGCCACACACACAGCGGUCACGAGCUCAAUGACAUGCUGCAGAUGCUCGAUCAGGGUGCAGCUUCCUCUUUUGAGGACCUCAACAUGUUUAGCACCAAUUUUGAAUGAGUGCCUCUCAAGUGUCAGCUAAAGUCAUUUUUUGCAUUUACAUUUAUGAUUUAUGAGCGAAACACGAUGCCAUUCCUGACCCUGUUUGCUGGCUGUUUUCCCAGUGUGUGCCUGUGCGAAUGAUGUGACUUGACCUGAGCACGAUUACGACAGUUUCCACGUCGGGACCCCAGGAUUCUGUGUUUUAAUAAAGUGCGUUAAGUUGUGAAAUUCUGAUUGUUAGAUAUCUGGGAAAAUCCUCAAAACAGAGGUCUGUCUGUGAACCAUAAUUCAUUAAUGUGCAAUACUGCAACGAAGACCUGUUAAACAGGUUAUUGUGCUGUGAAAAGUAUGUGUGAAUGUGUGUGAGAGAAACAAAAACAUUGCUUCUCCAGAUUUUGUAAGUUGCUUUUGGCAUUGUUAAUGAAGUUAACUGUUUUAUGCAAACGUGAUCAAAAUUUUUCAUAAAUGCGAGUUUGUGUUGUUUGUGUUCUGUAAUGUUAUCCUUCUGUGAAGUGAAAGAAAAGAAGUUAUUUCCUGCAUUGAGGAUGAAGCAGGACUAUCUGUGCCAUGUCUUGUAUCAGUAAGUGCUUAAAAUUUUUGUGUCACCUUGCAAUCGUUAAUAUGUAUUUAUUAGUCUUAUUUGAAGAUAAGCUACAAAACAGGAGUAUCAGUGUAAAAUACCUACAAGUGCACACAUAAGGAGAGGUAGCUGUGCACUGACCGUGUAACAUCUGCCGUGUGCCUGGCAUUACUUAAUCACAUAACUGUAUCUAGUGCCAAUUAGUGCAAUAACAGCAGCAAAUGACAGAAUCCAUUAUAAGAAUCACAGAUUACCAAUCAUCGUGGAGUCGCAGAUUUUAAAAAGGAAGGCACAAAUCAGAUCCUUCUGUGCUCAGUGUGUUCCAUUUGUUGAUUAUGAUUUCACCUAGAUGAGGUUUUACUUGUUAUCAUUAGAAUUCCUUUAUAUUGAAAGAGCAUUCUCUGCAAAUGGAAAAUAAGAACAGUACUGUUGGGAAAUAAGUUUCAUGCCUCUGUAAAACACAGUAAAGUAAUUCAAAAUUUUUCCUUUAUCCAUCCAUGCAUGACACAAACAAUUUACAAACACACUAUAUCCAUAGGCAAUUUGGAAACUAAAAUGACUAUUUGAAUAAAGUGUGAUUCAAACUUCUAUCAGUGACAAUAAAAUUUCACUAUGUUCCUGUAGUCAUCAUACCUGCCAUUCUAAAUACUUGCAGGUAUCAUUUCUCUCUUUUUUAAAUUUACUAUUUGGUGUGACAGAUAAGUGAUAGUUAAAUGUGAUACUCAUAGUUAAUUUAUAUCUUUGUUGAACAUAAUGACAAAUGUAUUGACAUGUCACAUUGAGUUCAUAAUGUUUGAUUUCUCUCAAAGUAUGUAAUUUUAUCAGAAAAACUUCUGAAAAAAAGAACAAUGUAUGGGUUUAUUUUGGACUUUUCAUGUUAUUACUAUUUUAUAUUAAUGCUGUUGCACCUACAAGGUCAUAACAGCCUUUAUUUUUGUGCAGUUUUUGUUUAUUUGCGUCACUUUUGCCCAAAGAGAGAAAAAUUUAUCAUAAUACAGUGCUGAUAAAUCCAUGAGUAAUUCUAAUGUGUGUGUGUGUGUAACUAUAAUCCCCUGCAUUUCCUGCACACCCACUUUCAUUGGCGUAAAUGGUUGGUAUCAUACUUCAAACAACCAUACCAGAACUGUAAUCCUUAAGUAGAUCUUUCUAAAUAAGAGAGUUGUCAGUCAUUAGUUACCAGAUGUUUGUGGAUUCCAUGGACCAAAUUGUUAUUUGAAAUUUUUUUCUUUGGUUAGAAGUUAUAUUUGAUUUGUGAACAUCUUGUUUCUUCAGUUUCCCACUACAACUUUGGCUCACCAGCUGCUCUUUGUAGCAUACAGUACUGUGACAAAAUAAUAUAAAGUCACUUAUUAAAAACUGAUACAUAAAGUAUUGGAGUAUUAAUACUUCACAUUUCAGUUUUAAAUAUGUUCCUCUGCCAACGCUCUUGCCACAGUGGUAACACGGUUCCCAUCAGAUCACCAAAAUUAAGCUCUGUCGAGCUUGGCUAGUUCUUGGAUGGGUGAUUGUUCGGUUCUACUGAUUGCUGUUGGCAAGUGGGAUGCACUCAGCCCUUAAGUUGAGGAGCUACUUGUUGAGAAACAGCAGCUCUGGUCACAAAAACUGACCACAGCUGGGAAAGCAGUGUGCUGAUCACAGGCCCUUCCAUAUCCACAUUCAGUGACACCUGUCAGCUGACGAUGACACGGCAGUCAGCUGGUACCGUUUGGCCUUCCAGGCGUGUUCAGUUGGAGAGCUUAAUUUAUGUUUCUCCAAGCAUGACAGAAUAUUCCAUAAAUAUGAUGUCACUGUGCAACAGUGCACUGCCUAGUAUCUACAUUACUGUAUCUUACAGUGUCUGAAAUGACAACGCAAUACCAUACGCAUCCCAUUCCGUCCUUUCCAUUUGCAACUGGCUGCUCCAUAGGCUGAAAUUUCCAUUAUUUAACUUAGGCUGAAAUGUCCAUUAUUUUACUUUUUAGGUCAUUUACUAUCUAUGUUGAGAAAUUCAGUAUGAAUAUUAGAAAUUACAAUCUACAACUUUGUGGAUGCGUCACUGAAAUGUUAUUGUUGAGAAUUUGUUUCACCAGUCUUGGGCACUUUGGCACUAGAUAAUCCAGUUGAUAUCAAACUGUUGUGGUACCUUGAACACAUAUCAUUAAAUGGGAAGAGAAUUCAAAAUAAUACAUUUUAUUUUGGAAUCUACUUAAUUAAAUAAAUGUACAAUUGUCAGAGAGUGUGGAAAGUUUUGAAUUUGCCACAGGCAGAAGUAUUACUUUUUUUCCUUGUGAGCAGAGUUGUUAAAGAAAACAUUCAGUAAAUUUUGAGGCAUAUUCCUCAGUUGCUUUUAUUGUUCUUUGGUUUCCUAUCUUUUCAGCUAUAUGUAACAAGUACAGAGAUUAUUCAAAAUAAUGUGAAUAUUGUCGACUAUUUUACCUAUUGCACUUUUGUACCAAGUUUUGUCAUUUCAUUGCAAGGCAUGAGGUGCGAGCUGUACAGUUGUAGUGGAGUGGAAAAAAAAAUUAGUCAGUGUUUGGCACUCGUCAUGCUUCUUUGAAACAUUUACUUUUUCAGAAGAUGGAUAAAUCUACUCUUUCAUCCAAGUAUUGUAGAAGUGUUAAUUUAUUUCACUUUCUAUGUACAAAGAUAUAAAUUGGAAAUAAUUGUAUUGGAAUUCGUAUUAUUUUUGUAUUGCAAUGUCAGAAAACUACCCUGUAUUGUACAUAAUGUAAAGUGCAACAUCUUUUGUUGGCAAAUUAUUUUAUGUAAAGUGGAAAACUGUCAGUAAAAUGACUUAUUUGUUCAAGCUGUUGCUUGAAUCAGAGUGAAUUUUGUAUUUUGUUUGAAGUUAUGUGUAAAUGAUGCUGAAUAAUUAUUUGAGAAGAAAAACAUUUUCUUUAAAUAUACAGUUUUAUUUAAUUUUUUCUUACUUCUGAAGCCUUCCAGAAUGUGUCAUCUUCUGUAAUUAU